AUGGCUGACAAGAGGAACAAGGUCGAUGCCAAGACGCUCAUGGACAGAAAGCUGAACCGCCAUCUGGAAAAGCUGGAUAUGCCCACAGAAAACGUGGACAUCGGCAAUUUGGAGUCCAUCGAGUCGUUGCUGGGAAACCAGAUGGAGGAGGUGUACAUGCAGCUUCAGCUCCACUAUGCCACGGCCAUUCGCUUGCUUGCCCACAGGGAUGCUGCCUGCCGGAGGUAUCAAAAGGAGAACGAAAGCCUCCUGACCCAGCUGGACACAUUGAAGACAAGGGAUACGAAGGAGAAAGACAUGAAGAGCAUGAGGAUCCUCAACACGCAGAUAAAGCUCUACAAGGACAAGUACGUGGAGCGUGACGCGACGGCACGAUCAGUGGAGGCCGAGAACUUUGAGCUGCGGGAGCAGCUGGCAGCGCUGCAGCAGGUGGGCAAUGCCUACAUGCAGGCUGAUAAUUCUUUAGUAGGGCGGCCGCCCGCCGUCCAUCCCGUCAGCCCAAUGAACAAGCCCGAGAUGCUUUACGGGAGUCCGCCCCACGCCAUCACAGCUUCGGCGCCAGAUCCGCUGGACAGGUUGGAGCGUGCCCAGCAGAAGCUGGAGACCUGGGCUUCUCAGCAUCGCAGCACCUUGAAGCGGGACCUUACAGGCCUGGUGGAUGUGAGCGAGCUUCCUGCCAUGGAGCUGCCAGGGGAGAUUGCCACCCGAGGAGCCUAUGGGCCGACGCCUCCCACAAAGGCGAUUGAUGAUGAAGAGAAACAAGAAGAAGAGAAGGUGGAAGAGGAAGAAGAGAACGAGGAUGCGUUCUACAUCCGCGUUGCCAAGUCACGAGUCGACGACCAGGAUAUGACUGGCCCUGCCUAUUGGGUCAGGCGUGUCCGCGACAUGUUCAAGUCUUGGUUCUUCCAAGGGGACCGAGACAUGCAGGACACCUACUACAGCUCUGGGGUAUGUCAAUACAUCGCCCGCAGCCAAAUGUUCGAGCACGCCACUAUGGCCAUGAUCGCUGCCAACGCUGUUUGGCUGGGCAUUGAUGUCACCUACAAUAAUCAGAUCCUCUUGAUCAAUUCGGAGCCGGUCUUCAUCAUCAUGGAGAACGUGUUCUGCACCUAUUUCUUCUUGGAGAUCGUCGUGCGUUUCGGUGCCUUCCGGAAGAAGUGCAACGUCUUCAGAGACUUCUGGUUUGUCUUCGACUUUGCCCUUGUCCUGGCUAUGGUGGUGGAUACCUGGGCUUUGCUGAUCAUCAUGGCCACUUUGGACACAAACGUCUAUGUGAUCAAUUCCUCCUUCCUGCGCAUGCUGCGCAUCAUACGGAUUAGCCGCCUUGCCCGUGUCGCCCGGAUCAUGCGCUCCGUCCCCGAAGUCAUGAUCCUCUUUCAGGGGAUGGGCGUGGCCUCGCGCUCGGUGAUUUGCGCCUUGUCGCUGCUGGUGACUUUGGUUUACGUCUUCUCCCUGGCCUUCACGCAGCUCCUGAGGGACACUCCUGCGGGCAACGCCUAUUUCGAAUCGCUGACGCAAGGCAUGUUCUCGCUCUUCUUCCACGGGUGCCUGGGCGAACAGCUGCCGGACAUGGCAAGGGCGAUCUUUACGGAAGGCAUUGACGUUGGGCUUUGUCUCAUCAUCUUCGUCUUCCUGGGCCCUUUCACGGUCAUGAACAUGAUCGUGGCGGUGUUGGUGCACGUGGUGAGCUCCGUGGCCACAUUGCAGCAGAUCAACCAGCAGAACGGCGUGAUUCGCGAGCGGGUCUGGGGCGUCCUCAAGCAGCUGGACCAGGAUCACGAUGACAUCAUUAGCCAGGACGAGUUCAGGACCAUUUUGGAGAUGAAGGACGGUUUGCACAUAUUCAUGGGCGUUGGCGUGGACGUCAUUUCCAUCAUCAAGGAUCCCGACAUUGUCUUCGGAGGCGAGCAGUGCUUGCCCAUCGAUGAGGUGGUAGAUGAGGUGAUCGCUUUGCGGGGCAGUAACUUUACUACUGUCAAGGACCUGGUGCAACUGAAGAACCAGCUGGUGCGUGAGAUGCGGCGAGUAGGACAGCGACGAGUGCUCGCACAUUAG